CUGACGUCAUUGUCCAGUCUGAACGUGGCGACUUGGAGAUUUAGUUAUUCUGUCUGUGCUUUUCGUUUCCUGUUUAUUGUGCCGUCAAGGCCCUGGAACACAGCGAACAUUUUCGAAAUAACGAAAAUGACGUCUACGGAUUUUGGCAAUCCGCUUCGGAAGUUUAAAUUGGUGUUUCUUGGGGAGCAAAGUGUUGGGAAGACAUCACUCAUUACCAGAUUCAUGUAUGAUAGCUUCGACAAUACAUAUCAGGCCACGAUAGGAAUAGACUUCCUUUCAAAAACCAUGUACUUGGAAGACAGAACGGUCAGGCUACAGUUAUGGGACACAGCGGGGCAGGAACGGUUCAGAAGUCUCAUUCCCAGUUACAUCCGUGACUCCACAGUUGCAGUUGUUGUGUAUGACAUUACAAAUGCAAAUUCCUUCCAGCAGACAACAAAGUGGAUAGACGAUGUGCGGACAGAGCGGGGCAAUGAUGUCAUUAUUAUGCUUGUCGGCAACAAAACAGAUCUCUCAGAUAAAAGGCAAGUUUCCAUAGAAGAAGGCGAGCGAAAAGCGAAGGAGCUUGGGGUGAUGUUCAUAGAAACGAGUGCGAAGGCUGGCUACAAUGUGAAGCAGUUGUUCCGUAGAGUGGCAGCCGCGCUACCUGGCAUGGAGAACACAGAGAACAAGAACAAAGACGACAUGAUUGAAGUGAAGUUGAAGGACACACAACCCAGUGAGCAGGAAACAAAGGAAAGGGGAUGUGCCUGCUGAGCUACAGUGGCUCCAUCUUUGAUGCAACAGGAAAGCGAUUUUUGUUUGAUGCACGAAAAGGCGAGGAAGACAGAACUUUGGUAGACAGUUAGUCGCUACUUUUAAAUAUUGAUGCUGAAAUGUUAAAUUAAUUACAGGUUAAUUCUUUAUGUUUUCUUUACAUGAUUGCUCAUAAGUGGUCGUGUAACUUAUCUUUCCUGAAUAGUAAAUAACAUUUUACCUCUUGUGAAUGUGAAUGGAAAAAAAACUUGAAAAUUGCCUUUGUAUUGCCACGGGGUGGUGCCUCUUGUGCCUAACGUUUAUACGCUUACAGUACCAUUGUCUUAAUCUUUACGCGCACGAAUCUUAUCUGACUUACGCGGUUUUGUAAGAUUUGCCUGAUGAGUUGAUUGCUUUAGCUACAGCUUGCAGUUGUUUUGGCGUUGAACUCUUGUCGAAUAAUUUCGUAUGUUUGUUGAUGUGGCAGUGGCACUUUUUAGAUGGAAAUCAAGCUAGCGCACUCUCUCCCGCUUCCCUGCGUAGGGGUUUCACCAGUAAUUGCUCUGGAAUGUGUGGAAAUUCUUGGUAAUGGUAUGUCCUAUAGGAAAGCUUGGGAUUUAGGUGCGUGUGUGGGGGGGGGGGUGCGUAGCUUAAUAAUAGUAGCACAUUUAUAAGGCUCAAAUCCGAACUCCUCACAUGAAAAUAUAUUCUUUGAACUAAUUGAAACAUUUAAUACAUAACUACAAGAGCGUGGUUACGACUGUAAUGUUGUUGCUGUAAUGGUACUACUACCCAGUCUACCACAAGCUUGCAAUUGCAUGAUUGCCACUGUAAGCUUACUACUGCAGAAUUAUUUCAUCACUGGGCAGUUAGUAUAUGCAAGAGCCAUCCUUGGGUCUUGGUUAGGUCCUUGUUGUGUGCAUACUGAAACCCUCUUAGUCUAAGCAUGACUUAUAUCCGUUCACGCUCGUUUACAACUAGUUUAAUUAAUGUGCAUUAAUUAAUCGAUUAUCCAUUGCAUAAUUUUGACUGUUGUGGCGAUGCAAUGCAAUUAAUUCUAACUCAGUGGUAGCUAUGUGUCUAUAUUAAUUUUUAAUUAUCGUGUCAUUCAGCAGUAGCCCUGUUUUGCGUCACGUUAGAUAUGAGCUUCCAUAAACUAUUUUUAAAGAAAUAUUGAAAUAUUGGCUGCAGUAAUAUUGUUUGCGCAUAACGCCGCAGCGAUUACGCGUAUCACUGUGUAACGUCGUUCAGAACCGACAAAAAGACCGAAGUAAGACAGUCCAAUAUCUUUAUUUUAGCCCAUUGUACUUAAAAUUACGACGCGUUUUUAAUUUAUAUAUUUGUAUGUAAUAAUUAUCGACAGCGCUGUCUCGUGUUUAUCGUUGCGGUGUCAGGGAAAUCCGAGUUAUGUAUAUCGCUUGUUUGUAAAUAGAAUACGGUAUCAUUUCGCUGUUUGUCGGGUGUCUACAGUGUCUGUUGGUGGCCCUACCUAUAUUGCCCAUCGCUCUCCCCACAGGGCUGCGGAGAAGACUACAUAAAUAGAGUCCCACGCAUCUUGUUUCGUGGUUGUGUGAAAGCUUGGUCUCCACUCCUCUAGACCUAAAGAGACAUAUUUGACCCUCAGAGUUGCAGCAUCUGGCCCUCGUCGUGUUAACUGAAUUUUACGUCAUCGUAAAUAGUAAUAACUUUUUUUUGGCAAAAUAUAAACGUGCAGUUAUUGUUUCGUUUACUCUUUACAGUUAAAUUGCCGUGUUAUGCUUCCUAUUUUGCCGUUCUGUUUGAUGAAAGCAAACAGAUGUUACUCGUACAUAACUCGAGAAAUUUUGGUGCUCACGGUAAUUCAAAUUGCAGAAAGAUUUUGUAUUUCCAACUAGUUCGAAAACAUCCUUGUCGGAGUUUGAGGACAUAUUUAUUAGAAAUUACUUUUUGUGUAAAAAUCACGACGAAAAUUGUACAAGUAUACACCUGGUAAAGCACACGUGCCUCGGAGAUGUGUUGCGGGAAGCAGACUAUGGCAAGCAGUGAGGUGUGAGGCUAGGCGUCAUCUGUGAUGCUGCACGUGGCGGUGGGCCACCGAUCCAAUUCACAGUGAUUUAACACAUAUCCGGACGUCGGGGGGGGGGGGAAGUUCAGACGUAGCUGUUUUGAAUAAUAAGGGGAUUAUAUGCUUCUGCUUUCUACUCGUUGUUAAAGAUAUCUUAUGGCGAAUUUUUGCGGCGCAUCUCUGCUUUAAAUUGUUGUAAAAAUGCAAAUGAACAGAUCAUAAAGUGCGCUUAAUUGAUACCUGAAUGGGGGGUGGGUGAAAAUAAAUACGGAAACAAUGUCUAUUUAGUCCAUUUCUCAAACAAGAAUAAAUAUUAAAAUUCCGUUUCGCUUUAUGUUUGAAUAAUCGUGGUAAGACAGGCGCAGGUCAUGUGAUGUACGUCACUUUGCAGCACUCGUGUCAAUAGAAUAUUGAUACAGGUUGGCAGUCAGAAAAUGCCUGCAUGCAUGAUUUUGUGGUUAUGGAAAUACUUUGAAUUAACUUAAUUUUGAGCAUAUUAUUUUUCCUGUUGUUUAUUUAAAGGUUAUCAGUUAUCGUCGCUUACAGUCGUAAAACCCGAAAACAUUUCAUUUUUUCUAAUUUCAUGUGCUUUUUGGUAGUCCGGGGAAGGUAUCUUCAACUAGAGCAGUGGCCACUGGACUGCUGUAGUAAACUUACUAUACCUGUAUUUCAUUUUUUGUUGGUGUCAAUGCUAGCACACGUGUGUUAGCUCAUUUGUGUGCUAAACUUAAUGGCCUCUUCAAUCAUCUUUGCAAUUGUUUUUGUUAUAGUAAUCAUUAUAAAGAUUCUCAAACAUAUUUGGUGGCAUUGUUAUUUUGCUGAUAAAAUCUUCAAGUGCUUGGAAGCCUAAUUUACGAUUGGCUUCCUUGCCUAUAAUUACUAUUAUACGUUAUGGGGUAAGUAUCUGUAUGACUCUAACAUCACUGACAGUGUAUUUGUGUGGCCACUGGCGGCUAUUCUGGGUCGGGAUAAUUUUUACAUUUGAAGGAUCCCCUGCCUUCUAUAAUACGGGUCCAAUAUUGGAAGCAUCCACAUGGUGUCUGGUGGUGGGUGGAAAACCAUUCAGGUGGUGAGCAAGUGGUGACAACCCAUAACUCACUCGUGGUUAUAGGUAAUAUCUCUGGCAAAACAUUGGGGUUAUAACGUCAUACGUGUGCGUUUUACAGUUUGCAAUUCUUUCUGUUUUUCUGUUGUUUGAGAGUCUGCAAUAAAGUAUAAAUAUAUUGGAUGAUUUAUGAUAGACAUACACAUA